CUAGGAAACGGUUGUGGGGCUCGGUUCGGAUCAACGGUCAUAAUCGAACGGUGCUUUUGUAGUGCGAGCUGGGGGGCAAAAAAAAAAAACAUUAACAACAAACCAAACCAACAUGGCUUCCGGUGGCGGAGUCGUGAGGUGGAUUCGUGUUCCUAACAUCACUGUUUUCGCCCGACUUCUCCACGCCAAGAGGUUCCAUGCCGCCGCCGUGACCUCGGCGGCGAACCGGAGACGGUUUUCCAGCAAACCUCCCGAGAACAUCAGCCGGUACCCGGUCCCCUACAGAAAGGAGCUGCCCUACGACAUCGUCGAACUCAUGGAGGAGGUGGAGGCCAAGGGGGGAUUUCUGCCCAACGUUUUUAAGGUUCUAGCCCAUCGACCUUCUGAGUUCCGAGCUUUCUUUGCUUACUACAAUGCUCUCAUGAACAAAGAAACGGGUCGACUGACGAAAGCAGACCGGGAGCUGAUUGUGGUGGCCACCAGUUCCUACAACCGUUGUCUGUAUUGUGUCGUCUCGCAUAGCGCGUUACACCGCAUCUACUCCAAGAACCCCACCUUGGCUGAUCAGGUCAUUGUGAACUAUGAGAAUGCUGACCUCAGUCCCCGGGAGCGAGCCAUGCUGGACUUUGCCCUGGCCGUGUGCCGCAGCGACACCAUCACCGACAGCCACUUUGAGCAACUUGAAGAGCACGGCUUGGACCGCGAGGAUGCCUGGGACAUCGCCGCCAUUGCUGCCUUCUUCGCCAUGUCCAAUCGCUUGGCGCACCUCACCGACAUGCGUCCCAACGUUGAGUUCUACAGCAUUGGCCGAGUGCCUCGGAGCAAGGACGCAAACAAGGGCGAGGGCAAAGAAAAAGCAUAGCCUCUGCUGAACUUCAGCUAUUUAUAGCAUGUGAUCGAGCCUUCUUUCCUGCUUCAACUUAACGUAUGACCUCUUGGGUAUUCCUCUGUCUUUAACGUUAAUUGUUGUUGCAGCGGUUUAUUAAACAUGACGGUAGUGGACAAUACCUUGGGUAUGGUUUUACUGCAGUCUUCACCUGAGCACCCCAAACCCUCUUCAGUUCACAUUGUAGUUUUCAUAAGCAAUAAUGUUCACUUAAUACUUUCACACACCCAACUGACAUGCCUUUAGUCUCUGUUCCCGUAAGGAUUCUUUACCGAUCCAAUUUUUUUGCUUGUUGCUCACAUUGGCAGUUACUGUAGAGGUGCUCUUUUUGGUGGGGAUUUUGUAAUUUCAUAAUUGCGAUAUAUUUAGUUGUAAAAUGCAGUAGUUUGGUAUUGCUGUUCUAAAAAAUUCCUUUGCACAUGGUGUGCGGACGUUGAAAUUAGAAUUUGCAGGGUUUGGGGGUGGGGUGUAUGUGGAGGCAGCAGAGCUAAACAAGCACAGCCAGUUUCAUUUCUAUAAAUACUUUUCUUUUUUUUGGGGGGGUUACAUCAUCCAUAGAGAUCCAAACCCAUAUGCUGCCAAUUUGAGCCAUUGUCUUUUUUCACUGUCUGAACAGCUGUGAUUUAAAGUCCUUUCCCCCCUUCGAAUGUUCAUAAAGGACACUUGACACUGGUACCUGGUCGGUGAAACCUGCUACGGCAGUCUGUUAUGCUUUUUUAAGGAACAGUCUGUUCCUCUUAUAUAAAACAUGUAUAAAACAUGUUUGUGUGCCAUUCACAUGGAUCUAGUUCCAUAUGUUGACAGCCCAAGACACUGGUCAUUGACUGUGAUUUAUGUGCUGCCUUUCAGCCCUCUGUAAGCCAUCCUGUUACAUUUUCAUAUAGCACCAAAUUCAUAUGUAAUGCACUAUAUGUGUGAUGAAUCUGAAUAUCUAGUAGAAGCUAAUAUCAGUAAUAUUUUUAUAUGGUAGUUUGUAGUACUACAAAAUUGUUUUAGCUGAACUUUUUGUUUCUAAUGUUAAUUUGCUAAUGACAUCUGAUGUUGAAUUUUGUGUGUUUUUUUUUUUUUUUUUUUUUUUUCCCCCCUCUUUUCCCCAGUGUGGUUUGUGAUUUUUAAAAUGCGAAGUUGAGCAUUACAGCCCAUGUUACUCUAUGCUUAAUUCUUUGGCCUUUUGCACAUUUUUGUAUUCUUUUCAUUGCUUCCAUACGCACUCUUCGGAACUCGGCCUUAAUUCACAUAAAGGGUGGCUUUUAUACUACCAGUGCACACUGGUGUACCGUGUGUACCAUGUGCGGUGUCUUAUCUUUUUGAUUAACUUCAAGUGUAAUUCAGACAAGAACUGUCACUUUACCAAACUGAAAUGCAAUUAAAAUGUAAAUUCUUUUUAUUGAUUAGGAUUUA